AUGUCCAACGACCCGUCGGUCCGCCGACUGCUCCCACAGAGCUCGCAGAUGACCAACUUCAGCUUUGCGCCCCAGCCCUACCACCAGCCGAGGGAGACUCAGAAGAAUUAUGUCUUCGUCGACGAACACAAUCGCCAUAAGAGGCUGAAGGUGAUGAGAGCAUGUGAAGGGUGCCGACGGAGGAAGAUCAAGUGUGAUGCUGCCACCACUAACACCUGGCCAUGCUCUGCAUGCAUCCGCCUCAAGCUUCACUGCGUCCGCCCGAAUGGCUACGACGGCGCGGCUGAGCCUCAGGUCUUCGAGCCCACCCGUCCUGAGUAUGAGAGCGUAGGGGUUCACGACUUUCGCCCGCCUCUGAACAUGCCGCCACCACAUAUGCUGGCUGGAACCCCGGACGCUGCCUCCAUGUAUGCGCCCAAAGCAGCGAGUUAUUCGGGGCCGUCUGGUCUCUAUCAGCCCAUGCAGUAUGCAGACCACUCUCCGGUGGCCACUGGAAUGCAUUACACCACCAUACCACCCCCCGUUGGUGUCGUCGACAAUUCUUUCGCAGCAUCACAAUCGCAGCCGCAGGGGCAACCCUCUUUGUUUCCUAAUGCACACGUACAGCAGGGCAACCGUCCAGAUUCGCCCCCAGAGACGUACACCUCAGAGACCUAUGGACCGCAGGACCUCUCAGAGAUCCUCGGCACCCUGAAGCUGAACGAUGCAGGCACAGCACCAUAUCUCAACAACAAGUUAAGGAUCAGGACGCAAGGCGAGGAGGAGCCGCUACUUCCCGAAGAUGACGAGUACAAAACUUCACUGCCUCCUCUCAUAUCUGGUCCUGGUCACAAGGUCCGCAUACCACCAGAGCUGAUGCUGGACGAGGAGACAUCGUUACACUAUUUCGAUGCAUUCUUCACUCAUGUUCAUCCAUACAUUCCCGUACUGGACAGGACCACCUUCUACCGGCAGUGGCAGACAGAUCGGGAAUCAAUAUCACCAUUGGUUCUUGAAGCCAUGUUUGCGCUAGCAGGAAGGAUCAUGGACGAGCCUGGGGAGGGACAGCAGUGGCUAGCUCUAGCGACAAGACACGCCGAUUCUUUCCUCGAUAUACCUCGGUUGAGCACCUUACAGGCGCUUCUGCUGAUGCUCAAGGCGAGAGAGGCUGCUCCGCGACGUGGGUACUUCUACCGCUCCUGGAUGAGCAUCGUACAGUGCGUUCAGAUGGGCAAGGAGCUGGGACUGGAUGACCACUACGAGGACCACAAGGCCGGGCGAUCCUGCAACUCGUCUCCGGCGGACUGCGGCCUGAAAACCAGAAUUUGGCAGACGAUAUUCGUCUGCGAGACGAUGAUUGGUUCUGCGCAAGAUUACCAGGUUACUCGAAACUUCACCUACAUGGUUCGGCUUGUUCGCAACAUCGCACGGAUGAACAGGGUAUAUUCACGCAUCCACAAGCACAAGGACUGGACUGGCGACCCGGAGCUGGCUUCGCUGAAUCCCGAGGUCACAGCCUGGAUGACCGACCUCCCAAACGACCUGGCUGUGAACUACCCACCCGACGGCUCGCCUCCAUGGCUACCCUCUGCCUUCCUCGGAAAUAUGCACAGUUACUACUAUCUCAGUGUCAUCCUGCUGCAUCGCCCACAGCUGCAACAAUUUAACCCGUCUAGCAUGGACGGACAGUGGAAACACCAUAUGCUGUUGUGCUACAAUGCCGCAAAGAACUUGUGCCGCCUGCAAGAAGCCAUCCUACAAUCCUACGGCUUGAAUGGCCUCCAGUGUAUGCAGAGAGGUCUCCAUUUCACGCUCUACUGCAUCCUGUCUUGCAUCGUGCUGCAUCUGGUUGCCCUCACCUCACCUGAUCCAGACCUGAACACCGACGCCCGCGAGUAUAUGACACGGCACAUGAGGCUCUUGGAGAAGUGCACACACACGUGGACCAUGCCCGAGAUGAAGAAACAGAUCGAGUCGAUCCGCGAGGCUUUCUCAGCCGAUACUAGGAAGCCUUUCGUCCUGAGGACGACUUUUCCAUAUGGCAGCCCUCAGAGCACUACGCGCCUGAGCCCGGCGCAGACAAGCCCUGGUGACUACGCGCGCAGGGGGCCGAUGCGGGCUUCUGUUGAUCACCGUCAGCAGCAGACGAUCGACACGCAGGGCGCCGUCCAACAUUCCCAAGUCAGUUACCCCGGCCAGCAUCCAAUCACGCCGCCCAUUUCAGCGGGCCCUGUGGACUUGAAGAGUGACUCUCCAGCUGCGCAGUCACUCGCAAUGAUGGCCACCUCGGCUGCCGCACAGUCCAGUGCUACCCAAGCCCCGUCUCUACAGCCGUCCAUGUCCAUGACAACAGAUGGUAGCACGGGCUGGAACCCGACACGAAUUUUUGAUCAAUGGAACUCUUCAUUCGGUACGCCAUCUGCUCAGUCAACACCUGUAACGGGUGCUCCACCUUCGAGCAGCUCUCUAAGUCUUCCAAAUUCAGGUGCCGCCGAGGUCCCGACAAUCCAGGACAUCCAGCACGUCCAUGCUACGGUACCCUCAGUCGCCGCCGCUGCGGCAACCCAGCAGAUCUCGCCGCAUAGCCAGUACUCGGCUCCUCCCAUCCAGACCUUUAUUACACCCACUAUGUGGCAAGAAUCUGUGGCCAGUGUGUACGAGGGCGGGCUGAAGAGGAGUUGGGAUUACGAUGCGCGGAGGUGAAACGAGCAAACAGCAUAUCCUGCUCAUGAACCUUGGAAAACUAUCGACCACGUGACAAUCUUUGUUCCUUGUCAUCAAUGGUCUGGUAAUGUUGCGCGGUACUGAUUUGAUCACCAUUGAACAAAAAGAAAGGGAAAAAAGCUAAUCGAAGAGCACGAAGCGGAGCAGAAAGGAUAUACAGACUAAUUGGCAGGUGUAUGGGUUUUCCGGCGUUGUUGUCUGUUUUUUUUUCAUCUUUUUCUUCCACCGGGAUGUACUGGGGGCGAGCAUGUGGGAGCAUGGUUUCGGACGGGACGGUUUGAUCCGAUCCAUGGAAAAACGCGAUACCAUCAAAACUCUUUUGUUUAUGUUUUGUUUAUUUUCCUCCUCAAGUCUCUUGUUAUUUUCUUCUUGCUCUUCUUUAAUCGCCUUAUCUGCCUAUCUGCUUCACUAUGUAUCAUAUAUCGCGUUACAGGAGAAGCAAAGAUGUCAACGGCCUCAAAACUGACUGGGGCUAUCCGCAUUUCGGUGGGGGGGGGGGGGGAGACCUAGUUCGAGUCAAAAAAUAUCAAGACCGCGCCGCAGUACAAUUGCGGCCAUUUCUCUUCCC